AAGUCCAAAAUCUCUUAAAGGGCGCUGCUGGAGAGGAGGCUAAAAUGCCUCACAAAAACUACACUUCCCAAAAUCUCUUAGCAUUGAGCCAGGAGCAGUUGAAGCGGCCUGAAAGCGGGCUAUUUCUGCAGUGUGUUUUGGACCCAAGCGAGGCGGGCCUGAGGAGGAGGAGGGAGGCGGCCUCUUCCUGAGGCCAAGCCGGGCCUGGCCGCUUCCCUCCCGCGGGGCUGGGCCUGGCGGCGGGCGGCGGAGGCCAUGGCGGGAGGAUGGGGCGCAGCGCUGCUCUUGCCCCGGGGAAGCGCCGGCCUCUCCUUCCCGGAGGGCGCCGGGUUCUGCUCGUUGCUCUUCUGGCUGCUGCUGCUGCUGUGAGGAGGAGGAAGGCGGGCGAAGAAGGGCGCCAUGGAGGCGUCGGCGGCGGAGCUGCUGGGGCCGCUGGCUGCCCUUUGCCUGGUGAAUCUCUUCUUGUCUGGGAAAAUUGAAAGUGCUGUCCCUUCAUUAGCUGCUUGCAGUGGAAAACUAGAACAGCAUACUGAACACCGUGGGGUCAUAUACAGCCCUUCUUGGCCACUAAACUAUCCUCCAGCCACCAACUGCAGCUGGUACAUUCAAGGUGAUCGCGGAGAUGUGAUAACUAUUAGUUUUAAGAACUUUGAUUUAGAGGACUCUCCCAAAUGUUCAGUAGACUGGCUGAUGAUUGGCCCAUCUUCUAAGCGGGAGGAAUACAGAGUCUGUGGCUCCUUCAUACCACCUUCUUUCAUCUCUGCCAGGGAUCACAUCUGGAUAUUUUUUCACUCAGAUUCAUCAAGUUCGGGGCAGGCUCAGGGAUUUCGCCUUUCUUAUAUUCGAGGAAAAAUUGGCCAGCCUAAUUGCCAGUCUGAUGAAUAUCAUUGUCUGAAUGGCAAAUGUAUCCCUAGCACUUGGAAGUGCAAUUCCAUGGAUGAAUGUGGUGACAAUUCAGAUGAGAAGAACUGCACUGUGCCCCCAACAGAACCUCUGUCCAGCAUCUGUCCUUCUGGAACAUUCCAAUGCAGUGUAGCUCAUUCCACCAAAUGUUUGUUGAAUGAACUGAAAUGUAAUACAGUUAAAGACUGCAGCAAUGGCUCUGAUGAAGAAAACUGCCCUGAUCUUUCCUGUGGCAAACAGCUUGGAAAUUUCUAUGGGUCUUUUGCUUCCCCUGAUUUGUUUCGCUCAGAUCAUAGCCGAGCAGAUCUGCACUGUACUUGGUAUGUGGACACUCAAGAUAACCGCCAUGUUCUCCUUCAGCUUGACUUGCAGCUUGGGUACAAUGAUUACAUCAAGGUGUAUGAUGGUUUAGGUGAGAAAGGUGAUAAACUUAUGCAGACUCUUUCAUAUCAUAAUAACAGGCACUCAGUAAGCCUAGAAUCCUCUAAGGGCCAGCUGACAAUAGCAUAUCAUGCCCGGUCAAAGAGCACAGGCCAUGGCUUCAAUGCAACUUAUCAGGUGAAGGGUUAUUGUCUUCCUUGGGAGCAUCCAUGUGGCAACGAUGAGGAAUGCUAUACUGAUAAGCAGCACUGCGAUGGCUGGUGGCACUGCCCCAAUGGCAAAGAUGAAGAAAAUUGUCCUGCCUGCCAGAAGAAUGAAUAUCCCUGUGAAGGAAAUAGUGGACUAUGUUAUUCAUUACUUGAUCGUUGUAAUAAUCAAAAGAACUGCCCUGAUGGCUCAGAUGAGAAGAAUUGCUUCACAUGUCAACCUGGCAACUUCCAUUGUGGCACCAACCUGUGCAUUUUUGAGACAUGGCGUUGUGAUGGACAAGAGGAUUGCCAGGAUGGAAGUGAUGAGCACAACUGCCUGGUGAUUGUACCUAGGAAGGUCAUCACAGCAGCUCUUAUUGGGAGUCUGGUCUGUGGGUUGCUCUUAGUGAUAGCAUUGGGAUGUGCUUUUAAGCUGUACUCAUUGAGAACCAGGGAAUACAGGGCAUUUGAAACCCAGAUGACCCGUCUUGAGGCAGAGUUUGUAAGGCGUGAAGCUCCUCCUUCCUAUGGGCAACUGAUCGCACAGGGGCUUAUCCCACCGGUAGAAGAUUUCCCUGUUUACAAUCCCUCACAAGCUUCUGUGCUGCAGAACAUCCGAACAGCAAUGAGGAGACAGAUGAGACGGCACUCCUCAAGGCGUAGCUCCUCCCGCCGACAUUUGGGCAGAUUGUGGAACAGAUUCUUCCACAGGCCACGGGUGAGAGGUCAGAUCCCACUGUUAAACCCCACUCACACUUCCCAGACAGUACUGGGAGAUGGAAUCACCAGUCAUACAGAUGGGACAACUGCCCAGAGUCUCCCACCUUCUCCUGAAGGACCUAAUGUUGAAACAGAGACCUACAGCCCAAGUAGGGGGCUCCCAGAAUCAGAAAACAGCAAUUUGCCUUCACAGCUCGAAACUACAGACCCAUCCCCUUCGGAUGUUUUGUCAGACCUUUGCACAGCUGCUUUGUCAGAGCCAGAGGAUGGGUACAGUGACAAGCCUUUGGGCACUGAAGACACCGCCAGUGAGGAAAUUAGACAAACCAGCAAUGUUGAUUCAGGAAAAACAUUUAGAGACCCUUUGUUGGAAAGGGUUACAGAAAUGCACCAGCAUGUUGGGUCAGCAUCCAGCCGGACUGUUGCAGAGAGGAGAAGUUCCAGCAGGAGUCGUUUCCUGAGUGAAGAGCCAUGCCAACUGCCCUUUAAAACAUGGGAGUCCAUGUACUCUGACAGCCCAAUGAAUGUCCCCAUUCAGGUGGAUGGCCAACAUUGUUGCUGCCCACAUGCAUAUCAUGAUGAACCUUUGGGCAUUCACCCAGCUUGUUGCCAUUCCACAGAAGUGCCAAUACUAGAAUCCCCUAUCCAGGAAGUCAGCCCCAGUGAUGACGAAUCUUUACUGGUUUGCUAGUGAAAUUGUGCUGGGUUUUGUAGCGGGCCUUGUGAACUUUUUACAUUAUAUUGUGGUGCACACCGUCCAUAACAAACACUCACCUCUCUGUGUUGUCUCUGUUAUCAUGCUACAUUGAUCUCCAGCGGAGCAGAACGUAGAUGACAAAUUAAAUAGGAGAUAUUUGGUGUCUGUAGUUGAUGAGGAAGAGUUUAAAUCAUAUUUUUCUUCCUUUUAAAAAUCAUUUGGUGGUAUUUUGGUGGUUUUCAAAGGAAUUUCUUGCCAUUUUAUAAUCUCCCUUUAAUAAUAUUUCACACAGGUCUCUUGCUAGUAAGAUGCUGCCAUAAAAAAACCACAACCAAGGGUCCUAUAAUUGUUUGUGCAUGUUUAUGGCAUCAUCUCUUGUGCCAUAAACUAGAGCCUACUUUUGGGCAAUUUAAGUGAUUGGCAGAAAUAUCUGCAUAAGGAUAGGGAGAAAGGCUACCAGGGAAAGUUUUCUUCAGUUAAGCAAGACCAAACCAGGAAACCUGUGGCCCUCUUAGACAUUAUUAGGCUACAAUUCUCAUCAUUGUUUAGCAUUGGUCACAGUGGCUAGGCUGAUGGGAGUUGGAAUCCAGCAACAGCUGGAGGGCCCCAUGUUUCUCAUCCCUAGCCUAGAGAAAACCAGAGAUAGUAGAAUUUCACUUCUUUUGUCUGUAUCUGUUAUUAUUCUUCCAGAUAUAAUUAUCUAUGCCAGUUAACCUCUCUGGCACAUUCACUUUACAAUCUUUGAAUGGUUACUAGGCAGGAAACAUCCAAGGGGACACAUGUGACUUCUCAUAGCUAUUACAUCUGUGGGAAGUAGCAAAAAACCUGUAGCGUUUCAUCUAUCUACCAUUCUAGGAAGCUGAAAUGACAUUCCCCAAAACAAUUGCUUGUCUGUCUCUGAUCUGUGGAAGUGUGAAUGCACAAUCCCAUGUGAGGAUAUGUUUCUCCUAAAUCCCCUUGUUUCUUCUGUUUCUGAGAUCACUUUCUCUCUACUUUAAGAGAUCAAAAGUCAGCUUUCAACUUCCUGCCCAUAAACUUGAGGAGAUUCAGCUGGCAGGCAAAGCAAGCACCAGACACCAGUAAUUAUGACUGUGACUGCUCAACUGGAGAUAUCCAAUUAUUGUCAAUUUAGAAUAUUUGUUUAAAUUAAAGCUAUGUUUACACUGCCCUAGGGUAAAUUAUUUAACAGGAAACUGAGUCUGUAAAGCAUCACUUUCUCUCCUCUCCCCCCCCCUUUUAAAAAAGCUACUUUCAUUCAUUAGCUUUCUCCUUUCAUAAUGGUGACCAUAGAGAGGCCAGAACCAAAGGCUCUUGUGUUACAUACACAGAAAAUAUGGUUACUCUCACACCCAAUUUGUUCAUUAUAGAGAUUUUAAAUGAGCCAAUAUUGUAACAGUUUUACAAGAGCAUUGUUGAAGUGUUGUUUCAUCCCUAUUCUCUACAUGCACAAGAGGUUAGCAGUGGAAGCAGUGAAGUGUAUGCAUACACAGAAAUCUUAGUAGCCCCAUGAGGAAUUGGCCAGUGCUUUUUAUUAAAAAAGAAAGUUGUUAGGUUGAUAGUCUGUCAUGUUCAUACUAGGUACUGAAGGACUGGGUUUCUCAGAAAGUUCUUCUAUGGGGAAAAAAAAUCAGAAGUGGUGCCUGAAAGAUAGUUGUUUGGGAAGCAAUGUUUUCUUGCUAUGUGAACAACUAAACAAAAGGAUUCCAUGGACAGCCAAAAAGAAAAACAAAUGGGUCCUAGAACAGAUCAAGCCAGAAAUCUCUCUGGGACCAAAAUGACAAAACUUGGCUGGCGUACUUUGGACAUAUCAUGAGAAGACAUGAAUCAUUGUAAGAAACAAUAAUGCUAGGAAAGGUGGUGGAAGUAGAAAGAGAGGGAGGCUGCAUGCUAGAUGGAUGGACUCUAUUAAAAAGAUGAUGAGGAUGAGUUGGCAGGAGCUGGACAGAGCAGUGGAGGACAAGGGAGUCUUGGAGAUGUCUCCAUCAGCAGGGUGGCCAUGGGUCGAGAUCAACGGAAGGCAGUUAACAACAAACAAGCUGGCAUGAACUUUGGACUGGCAGGAUCCUCCUGUCCUUUCUCUCCUCUCCAUACUGGAUGAGCAGAAUACAAAUAGCUACUUUUGAUUUUAAACAAACCACUCUUCCCAGUGACAUCUGAACUUAGAAGACUGGUUUGUUUAAACUCAAAUUGGUAAACAAACCACAAUCUGAAACUGGUUUAAUCUGUUCUUUCUAACUAAAGCUCUGCUGCCUGCCAUUUUUCGGAUGGAUUGGGGUACCUCAGGCCUUGAGGUUGAAAAUGGUUCCCUUGAAUUCCCCACAUAGCCACACCUUCUACUCAAUGAUAUUGCCAUUUGGUAAUCCCCCAGCAUUGGUACAGCUGCCACCACCCUCCUUGAAAGGUUGAACUUGUUCCUGUUAGGCUGUGUUUUGGACACUAAGAACCAAAACGUGCUGGGAUUUUCAGUCCCACCCUUUUGCUAUUGGCUCCGUUGUUGUUGUUCUCCACCCGUGGAUUGAUCUUGGCCCAUGGCGAUACUGUAGAUGAAACAUCUCCAAGACUUCCUAUGCUCCAGUUCUCUUCUCAGGUCUUACAGAUUCAUACACUGGAGUGCUGUCCGCUGAUACCUGAGGUGAAUCUGAAUCCAACCCUUAGGCUGAAUGAGGUCUCCACCUUUCUUAUAGGAAAUGAUAAUGAGGAAUUGAACUCAGGAUCAUUAACAUGUGAAGCACAUGCUCUGCCACUGAGCUUUGGCUCCUUUCUAGUAUUGGAAUUUGCCUUUCCUGUGUGAUGUGAUGGUAGCAGCAUGGAGCCAGAUUAUCAGGUGCGGAGAUUUGGCUUCUGUGCCACUCUGUUGUCUGUUGUCCCAAAACAUGCGUUUUGGACAUGAAUUCUUUGAUUUCCACACCAUCUCUCUUUAUUCUUUUCUUUUAGUACAUUCACUGCUUGUUUUCAAUGGCUGUGCUAUGUGCUAUGCUGCACUGUUUUACAUGUCGCCAUCUCAUUGCAACCAGUGGGAUUUGAGCAUAUUAACUGUGCACUGGAUUACAGCCAGUAUAAUCAUUAGCAGGUGUUUUGCAGAGUGCUGAUUGCUUUUAAUAGUGUAACCAAAUUCCUCUCCAGCAUAUUGUCACUUAGGCAUACUGUAACUUUUCAUUGUGUAUUUAAAAAGAGAGAGAAAAGUUAAGGUCAGGCAUAGUAAUGAUGGAUUGGUCAGGUGCACAGAAUGGUCCAGGGUGCCUGAAAAGUCUUUGGUCUCUUUAACUUGUGUUUCCUAACCAAAAGUUGAAUGAGAAUUGAAAUAAUUUCCGUUUGGAUGAAAGGAAGUUGUUGUGUUAACUGAGCAGGGAUGCUAUACAUUGGAGUGUGCUGUAUCAGCAAAAUACUUUUUAUUGUAAAUUUCAGAGAUUUCACUUGUGAUUUUUUUUCUUCCUUGCGAUUAACCAUGGAAUUUAAAAUGUGUUAAUCAUCUUUCUGUUAAAAGCUCAAAACAAAAAGUAAUAAAAUUACUCUGCAGUUGUCUUUCCUUUGAGAGUCAGGAGGUACAAAAGAGUUCCUG